AUGUCAUCAGAACCUGCGACAGAUACGCGGCCGCAGAGGCUUCCACAUGCGGCUGAUAUCAUGGCAACAUGGCGGAGGUUCGCGGAAACCUACAAUAAUAAUCGUUUCAAGAUCGAGAACCGCUGGAUUAAUAUGGACAGAACAAAGAAAAUACAGUUGGUUUCAAGAGCCUGGCCAACUUCUGGUAAUUAUCCCGGAGACUUGUCCAUUGUGGUGGGUGACAGAGGUUACUACGACGGGAAAGCCAUGACAGGACUAUAUUCCGCCGGUGAUGAUGAGGAUGACGCGUACGGUGCUCUCUACUACGUGACCCCGGAGUCCGAUAUAGAAGCAUUACACGCCUCGGGUCUGGAUCAUGGUUUCCAAGGUGCAGUUCUCAUGGAGAUUCAGAUCAGAAUAUAUGGAUUUCUGGAGAAUCUGGCCACAGAGAUUAUAGCUGGGAGAAAUGAUACGUUGUACAGCUGUCCUGGGGAAGACAUUCAGCGGAUCUGGAAACCUACCGCCCCUGCCCGGGGGAUAGCACAGCAACCCGGAGACGAAACAAAUCUCGAGCAAUAUCUUAGUAUUCAUCGCGACACAUUCCUUUAUACUUGUCCGAGUGAGAGCAUGUGGGAGUUUCUAAUUGCUAUCUGCGGUAGCCGAAUGCAAGCAUUCGAGAACAAGAUUCAGGGUCUGAAAGAAGACCCGGGCAAGUUUCUCGAGUAUCUCACCGACGUCCGCGAUCAUUCGCACCAUAUGGUGUUGUAUACAGAUGGGAGUUCAUACCCGUGGGCCAGCGAGGAAUCUAACAACAAUCUCCGUAUGUGGUCUACGUAUUUCAAAGCUGCCAUGGCCGACCUGACGGUAGCUUGCGAUACUUGGCACAAUAUGUACGACCGUGCGCUGAGGUUAUCAGAGGCUGUGCCCGGUACAGAAGACUGGACAACCCAUCUUCUGACCCUCCAGGAAUUCGUGGCCCAUCGACUCUUCCUUUUCUACCCUGUGACUGAUGCCUUAACGUCUUCGAAGGUUCUGAGGAGGUACUUCCGCAAUCGGUCAACCGUCGACAACCACAUACCGCAGUUUAGAGCAUUCGCGGAUGAACUCCUGAACCUUAUACGCAGAGGCCAACCCUGGAUGACGGAUUACGCAACUGAGAAGGCAGAGGAAGCUUUCGACUGCACAAUGGUUGACAUGAUAACACAAAGAAGUUUCAAAAGCCAAUCAAUUUCAAUUGAACAUGCUGAAUUGCAGGAUUUUGGUGCCUGGAACGAUUAUAUGGCCAAUCUCGAAAACAUGGAUCAGAUGCAUUCAAGCAUUAUCCUUUGUAUGAAGAAGCAUCUCACACCCGACCCCAUGACUCAGUUCAGCUAUCCAGCUCCCAACAGCAAGUUGAAAGGCGUCAAAUUGACAGAAUGGAGUACCGCAAGGAAGACAGCAGAGACAAACCUGGAGAGGUUCUGGGCAGACAUGGAACCGCUACUAAAAGAUGAAGAUGCGCUUUCGCCGUACGUCAUUAGUCUCCUCGACAAUGCCUCUCCGAAUUCGACGGUACAAGACGAUCCGGGGACUACUUCCCCUCCUCCCCUCGGUGGCCUUUCUAUCACAGGUGAACCUAGUCCUGUUGCUGGUACUUCCGGCACAAGCGGGCCUGCCCGUCCCGGUGCCAUGCUUGGCAUAGGUGGAUCUAGUCCUCCUCCUGGCCUUGCUGGUCCUCCUGGGACCCCUCCGGCGCCUUCAGCGACAAGAGACUUGCAGUCCGCACCCAAGACUCCAGAAAAGAAGACGACCAAUGAUGCAAGGCAGCCUGUCUUCAACCCACCUCCCCCUGCAGACGUUCCUCCUGAGCAAGCAAGGCCACGGAUUGUAUUGGACGCCGAAAAUUACGAGACCGCGAGGCUUCUAAUGACGACGAGUACAGAGAACAGGCCCGGUCAAAUCGCUUGGGAGGAUGUAUUGAAUUUCUUCCGGGCUACACUGCUGGAGUCAAAGAACCUUCUUAGGCUGCCAUUUCGAGACAGGCACUGGCAUAUGUGGGAUUUGAACCCGGCCGUACACGCAGUCAUCGCGGAGGGUUGCAAGUGUUUCAACCAUCUGCUGCGCUCAGGGAAUCACAAGGUAUCGACCAACCAUGCUCAAAAGAUAGGCCUCAUCGAAGUAAACUGA